AGUCAGGCGAUGAGUACAGUGACGAUGAUGAUAUGAGCUGGAAGGUGCGGCGCUCCUCAAUCAAGUGUCUGGAGGCGUUGAUCAACACCCGCCGGGACCUUCUCCUCUCCUUCUACUCCUCCAUCUGCCCCGCUCUGCUGGCCCGAUUCAAGGAGCGUGAGGAGAACGUGAGGGCGGACGUCUUUGCUGCUUUUUCAACGCUGCUGAGACAAACACGAGUGGGAUCGGGCCACCAUGGCCUCAUCACGGCCUGUUCAGACUCAGGGGUGACCAGGGAGGAAGAGCCAGCUGUCGCCAUGCUGAAGUCACAGGUGCCAGCGAUAGUGAAGGCUCUCCACAGACAGCUGAAGGAGAAGAGCAUUAAGUCUCGACAGGGCUGCUUCUGUCUCCUCACUGAACUGGCUCACACUGUACCCGGAGCCCUGGAGCAGCAUAUACCUGCUCUAAUACCUGGUAUUGUCUUCUCCCUGACAGACAAGUCCACCUCCUCCACCAUGAGGAUCGAUGCUCUCUCCUUCUUCCACGUCCUCCUCCUCUCCCAUCCUCCUCAAGCCUUUCAGCCACACAUGCAGGUGCUGCUGCCCCCGGUGGUGGCGUGUGUAGAAGACACUUUUUAUAAGAUCGCCUCAGAGGCUCUGUUGGUCACCCAGCAGCUGGUCAGAGUGAUGAGACCGCAAGGACAGACCGCCACAGCGGGAGAGUUCGACCCCAAGCCGUUUGUCAAAGAGGUGUUUUCUGUAACCAUGAAGAGGCUGAAAGCAACAGACAUCGACCAGGAAGUGAAAGAGAGGGCUAUUUCCUGCAUGGGUCACAUGGUAUGUCACCUUGGCGACCACCUGGCGGCCGAGCUGCAGGGUGUUUUGGCGAUCUUUCUGGAGAGGUUAAAGAAUGAGAUCACAAGACUGACAGCAGUUAGGACCAUCACCCUCAUAGCUGCUUCUCCAUUAAAGAUUAACUUGUCGUCCAUCCUGCCAGAAGCUUUGUCUGUGUUGGGAUCUUUCCUGCGGAAGAACCAGCGCGCUCUGAAGCUCGGCACGCUGGCGUGUCUUACCACGCUGGUCACGCAUCACGGUGCCAGCAUCAAACCUGCAGCACUGGAGCCGGUGCUGAGCGAGCUUCCUGGUCUGGUGGAUGAGAACGAUAUGCAUGUAUCACAGGUAUCCGUCACCUUGCUGACCUGCAUGGCCAAAGCCUGCCCCACCUCUCUGGCGAAGAUCUGCUCCUCUGUGCUGCCGGGAGUCUUCAGGCUCGUCCAUUCUCCACUGCUGCAGGGUGGAGCGCUGGCAGCCAUACUGGACUUCCUGCAGGCACUGGUGCUAUCCAAAACCACUAACCUGGGCUACAGUCAGUUGCUGAAGUCUCUCACAGAUCCGUUUCACAACUCUCAGUCCUCAGCAGAGAGCAUCGUCAUCCACAGACAGUCCCACCACUCUGUGGCUCGCUGUGUGGCUGCUCUGUCCUCCGUCUGCCCCAAAGAGACACCAGGAACUGUGUCCAGCCUCAUACAGGAGGUAAAGAAUCCUAGUUCUCCAGAGUCUGCUCGAGUCCUGGCCCUGUUGUGUCUCGGGGAGGUGGGGAGAAGCGGCAGCCUGGGAGGAAGUAAGGAGGUGCAGGGAGUCAUCCUGGAGGCCAUCUCCUCCACCAAUGAGGAGGUGAAGACGGCAGCGUCCUGCGCUUUAGGCAGCAUGGCGGUCGGCAGCCUGAACGACUACCUGCCCUUCAUGCUGAAGGAGAUCUCCUCCCAGCCACGGAGACAAUACCUGCUGCUGCACUCCCUCAAAGAAGUUAUCAGUGCCUGUCCAGCCCCUAGUCUCUCGCCCCAUGUGGACUCUAUCUGGACUUUGCUGUUUCAGAACUGCGAGUGUCAAGAGGAGGGGACCAGGAACCUGGUGGCUGAAUGUCUGGGAAAACUGACCUUAGUCAACGCUGCCCAGCUGUUACCAAAACUUAAACAGCAACUUAAAGCUGGUUCUCCUCUUGCUCGCAGCACAGUAGUGACAGCUAUCAAGUUCACUAUUGUUGAUCACCCUGCUCCCAUAGAUUCACUGCUGAAAGACUGCAUAGGUGACUUCCUGAAGACCCUGCAGGAUGACGACAUCAACGUGCGCCGUGUUGCUUUGGUGAUGUUUAACUCUGCAGCUCAUAACAAACCAUCUCUGAUCCGUGGUCUCCUAGCGUCAGUGCUGCCUCACCUCUAUAAGGAGACCCAGAUCAGGAAGGACCUCAUCAGAGAGGUGGAGAUGGGUCCAUUCAAACACACUGUGGAUGAUGGUUUGGAUGUGCGUAAAGCAGCGUUUGAGUGUAUGUACACUCUGCUGGACAGCUGCCUGGAGGGGCUGGACGUCCUGCACUUCUUAGAUCAUGUCGAGGAAGGACUCAAAGAUCACUAUGAUAUCAGGAUGCUGACUUUCCUGAUGCUAGCCAGACUGGCCUCUCUGUGUCCUGCUGCUGUUCUCCAAAGACUGGACAGACUAAUAGAGCCACUUAAAGCUACCUGCACUACCAAGGUGAAGGCCGGUUCUGUGAAGCAGGAGUUUGAAAAGCAGGAGGAGCUGCGUCGCUCGGCCAUGCGCGCUGUCGCCGCCCUGCUGGCCGUGCCUGAGGUAGAGAGGAGUCCCACCAUGGCUGACUUUGCAAACCAGAUCAGAACAAACGCCGACAUGGCAUCCAUCUACCAGAGCGUCCAGGGAGGGGAGGGAGGGGGCUUAGGGCCCGCAGAGAGCAUGGAUGUGAGCUAGACGCUGAAUUAUGUUUUAUUAUGAUGAUUUUUCAAAUUUGUUAUACAAUCACAGCUACGUAUAUUUUGAAAACUAUAUAUUUUCCAACUCAACAUUGGGCUUUUUAGGAUGAACUUCCUGUCUGACAAAUUUUGUGAUAGACAUAUGGUGAGCUUACUGAAAUGUUACAAAUGUUUCUUUUUGUCCAUGUCGUGUUCUUCCCAGUAAGAAUUGGGUUUAAUUUGGGUUCACAUGAAAUA